AUGCUCCGAGAUCAGACGAUCAACUGGACAAAACGAGACCACCCGGCCGAAACGGCGGCUAAUUUGCCUACCCUUCCAGGGUACCGCCCGGAUGGCGAAACUUUAAGUGAAUGUCAGCAAACAUCCAGGUCUCGAGAGCUCGACUUGGCUCCGAAGCGAAGCAGACGCCUGCAAAGAGUGGUGCUCACAUGCAUAAAUAAAGCACUCUGCACUCCAUACGGAAUUGAUAUGUCAUCUCCGAGCAGUGGAUGCCACAUGUGCCUCAUUCAGGACGCUCCAGAGUCAAGCAGUCCGGAGUUGUCAGGUGGUUGGUCGUCGCACCAGCAAAAAGUUGUCCGGAACAUCAUAAAUCCGGAUACCGUCUUUGGUAUUUUGCGCGUAUAUCUCUUUUCAUACGUGGGUUACAUUCACCAUACCAACCAACGAUGGUGCCGUAUCAGAAAAGCAUUCGUAAUGAAAAAUGGAAACGAACAUAAAGUCCAUAAAAAUCAAACAUUUGAAUCUGGUCCUGCAACGCGAGGGUCUGCCCCGACAUUGAUCUCCGAAAGACUGGGGCUACGGCGCACAGUGCGAUAA